UGUCGUAUGUUUUAUUUCUGUGAUCCCGUUGUUUGGAGUGUCGAUUGGCCCUUUUACGCUCCGCCUGCGUUUACGGCAUCAGCGUGCGCCGGAUUCAACAUGGCGAGCGUUGUUUAGUUGUUGUUGAUCAGCGGUUCCGAAUAAACCCACAAUCACUGAAUCCGGCAGCCUCUCUCAUCUUCAUCCACCAUGAGCGAUGAGAAGCAAACAGAGGGUCGUAAUUUCUUCAUGGGUUUUGAUGAUCUGAGCGACAGCAGCAGUGACUCGGACGGUCGUGAGUCCGGUAAGAAGAGCCGAAGCGAACCGGACCCGUCAGGAUCGUCUGAACUGCAGAGCCGCAAACGAGCCGCCGAACCGCUGCCGAAACCCGACGAUCUGUUCCGAUCCGUCAGCAAACCCACGUUCCUCUAUAACCCGCUGAAUAAAGUCAUCGACUGGGACAGAAGAGCCGUCAAAGCGCCAGAAGAGCCUCCUAAGCAGUUUAAGGUGUGGAAGAACAACGCCGUUCCUCCCCCACAGUCGUACGUGACGGAGGAGAAGAAGAAGGGAGCUCCUGAUGGAAUGGACAUGGCCAUCAAAUGGUCCAAUGUAUACGAGGACAACGGAGACGACGCCCCUCAAGCCCACCAGGGCCCCGCCCACUUCCUGCCGGAGGAGGAGGAGCAACAGCUGGACUCUGAUGACGAUGAAUCUGGGAAGCAGCAGACGUCUGCUAAGAAGCGUCGCGUGGAAACGUUCCAGCAGAAGGAGAAGAGAAAGCGGGACAUGGGACAGGCCACGUCAGACAAGAGCUUUGUGGAAGAGGAGAAGCGGAUCCUGCGUCAGAGCGUGGAGUGAAGCGGAGCUGUAACCCGCUCCGCUUGUUUUAAUCCCCGAAUCUUUAACCCUUUCUGGAUGUUGACUGGAACGGCAUCACGAGUCUGGGGAUAUUUUAAAUGUAUUUCUCUAAAAUAACGUCCAUGUAAAGGGAGAGGGUUUAGGAUGAUGUGUUUGUGUUUUGGACGUCAUUGUAAGUAUGAUUUCAACUGUAAAUUUGUAGCUGUAUGGAACAUUAUCCAUUGGUUAUGAUGUUUCCUGUAUGUUUCCAAUGAUUUGUAGCUUCUCAAAUGGAUAAAGUCCUUUUCUCUGAG